AGGAGGUGGGGCUGGCGCUGCAGCCGGAUCCGGAUCCGGUGCGGUGCAGCCCGGAGGGGGACUGCCGGGGGAGCGUCGACUGCUGGGCCACGGCAGACCUUACUGGAAAGAUGAAACCUGAUGAAACUCCUAUGUUUGACCCAAGUCUACUCAAAGAAGUGGACUGGAGUCAGAAUACAGCUACAUUUUCUCCAGCCAUUUCUCCAACACAUCCUGGAGAAGGCUUGGUUUUGAGACCUCUUUGUACUGCUGACUUAAACAGAGGUUUUUUUAAGGUAUUGGGUCAGCUGACAGAGACUGGAGUUGUCAACCCUGAGCAAUUUAUGAAAUCUUUUGAGCAUAUGAAGCAAUCUGGGGACUAUUAUGUCACAGUUGUGGAAGAUGUGACCCUAGGACAGAUUGUUGCUACAGCAACUCUGAUAAUAGAACAUAAGUUCAUCCAUUCCUGUGCUAAGAGAGGAAGAGUGGAAGACGUUGUUGUUAGUGAUGAAUGCAGAGGAAAGCAGCUUGGCAAAUUAUUAUUAUCGACUCUUACUUUGCUAAGCAAGAAACUGAACUGUUACAAGAUUACUCUUGAAUGUCUACCACAAAAUGUUGGUUUCUAUAAAAAGUUUGGAUAUACAGUGUCUGAAGAAAACUACAUGUGUCGGAGGUUCCUUAAGUAAAAAUCUCUUAAGAAAGAAUUGUCAAGGGAGAAAAUACUACAAGGCUUUACUCUUCCUAGAGUUACAACAUUUGUUGCUGCAACCCAAUGACCUCCAUAAAUACUGGACUAAAAAAACAUUGUAAUACAAGUUAUAAUGGCAUUAGAGAAUUACUUGGGGCUGUGAGUUUAGAUUACAAAUGAAUAUUAUAAAGGGGCUGAUUUUUAACCAAAGAAAUAUAUUUUUAACUUGAAUCUUUUCUUGCAUUGUAUUUUUCUAAAGUCUGGCUUCAUUCUUGGUAGUCAAAUGUAUGGGUAGUAAGGAGUUGUAUGUCUAUUUGUGCUGCUCAUUUAAAAAAAAAAGUAUAUGUUGAAUAAGGCUGUUUCUUAUGUUCAUAAAAUUAGGUAUUUUUAUUUCAAAGGAACAUUUAAAUACACAGGAGUGUAUCAUAUUAAUUAGAUGAAAUGAACUGUUAUAAAUAUACAUUUAUGCAUCUAACUUGUUGAUCCUACUGGCAAACAACCUGGGCAGCCUUUUUUAAAGAUACAGAAAAAAUGAAAAUUAACUUUAAAAAUGUGACAAAAUGCAAAGUAGAAUGAUUUAAAUGUUUUACUAAAAGUUGUAUAAUUGUAUGUAAAGUAUCAUCGUCUCAUCUAUCUAUCUAGCAAAUACAAUAGGGCAUCUAAGGUACUUUUAAACAGUGAGUGAAUAACUGUCUUUCUUUUCCUGGGCAUCUGAAGUCUCUCUUCUGAGUCAUUUUUAUGACAAAUAGAUCACAAAUUGAGAUAUUUAAAAAUGCAUGGUGCUGCAUUUGUCACACCCCUAGAAUGUUGACAGGAGCCUUUCUAUUCAGUGUGAUCACAGAGGCUCUAUUAUUCUGGUCACUGUCCUGGUUGAUUUUAUUUAUUUUAAUGAAUUUUUUUAAGUUGAAGAAUUAGGUACUUUAUUAAUGGUUCUAAUCUUUUGCAUUCCAUGUUAAAUUAAACAUGUUCAUAUGCAGAGUCUUCUGUCAGACUCCUGUCUGUACUCUUCUUGAGUCUUCCACUAAACUAUCAGGUUAAGUUAUGCUUCAUAACAUCUUAGUGCUGUGUACUCUUUGUAAAAUGAACGGAGAAAGGACCACAUAGUCCUCAUCUUUUUGAUUCUGACCACUUCAACUGGAUUUUAGAUUUUCUUCCAAUUCAGCUAAAGUUGGCUUUCCAAAACAAAAGAAAUGCUUUGCCAAUCAAGGGUGGAAUACCUACCUGCUGACAGCCUAGACACACAAACACAUGAACUUACCUGUCUGUAAUGAAAGCAACACAGUUAUUUUUUGUAUUUUCAGAGUAAGUCUUAAUAAGAAUUCUUGUAAUUAAAACCUGUGCUAA